UAAAGAAGCUGCUCGCCAUGGCUGGCGCGGGCCCAUCCGACGGCGAGCCGGACGGAUGGGUCGAGUUUUGCGAGCGUCAGGCCAAAGCUGCCGCCCAAGACUUCGCCAAGGCGUGCCUGCACUAUGUACAGACCAGCAACGAUCCCUCCCGGCCCGCGCCACCUUCACAUAAAGACGUACUCAAAAGAUUCGUAGACUGCUUUUCGGACCAGUUUGAAUUCGAAAUCGUGAAGCUAAAAGCUCAACAUAAGGUUCCAAACGGAACUCAUGCUCACGAUGAGAGCGACUACUCUGAAGACACGGACUCUCCAAAGACUCAACACAAACCAUUCUUCCGGAGACUAUCAUUUAAAGGGCUAAGGCGCGGCAAGGGCCUGUUCCACAAACAGCAUUCCGACGAAGUUGAACUGUCGUCGAAUUUAAACAAACAGAAUAAGACUAAGUUAGCUAAGAUAGUUGUAGAGUGUAGGAAAGAGGGCUUGGUGAAUUAUUUGACUCCAGAAAGCUUGGAGCAGCCUGGAGGUCCCCAGAAGUGGGAGAGAUGUAGAUUAGCACUUGUGAAGACAGUGGGGGGUUAUAUGUUAGAAUUCUACUCCCCACCCAAAGCUCAGAAGCCAAGAAGUGGUGUUUUUUGCUUCCUUAUCACUGAAGCAAGGGAGACUACAGCUUUAGAGAUGCCUGAUCAUGAAAAUACAUUUGUAUUGAAGGCAGACAAUAAUAUGGAAUAUGUAAUAGAAGCAACAGAUGUGGACGAUAUGAAGUCGUGGCUUGCGACGAUCAAGUACUGUAUGCGCUCGGCGCCGACAUCACAGCCACCACCUGAAACGAUGGCUGGCCAACCCGAACCGGCCCCACCGGACCUGCCGCCGAGAAGGGACUUACCGGCCAGUACGAGUAAUGCAGAUUUGACUACGGACACACCAGAAGAAGGAGAACUCGGGUCGAUAGCGGAGGAAUGCGAGUCAUCACCGCGCCUGUCGCUGUCCGAGUGGCCGUGGUUCCACGGCACGCUGGCGCGAUCGGCGGCCGCGGGGGCCGUGCUGGCCGGCGGGCCGGCCGCCCACGGCUGCUACCUCGUCCGGCAGAGCGAGACGCGACGCGGGGAGUAUGUGCUCACCUUUAAUUUCCAGGGCCGCGCCAAGCACCUGCGCAUGACCGUGAGCUCCGGCGGGCAGUGCCGCGUGCAGCACCUGUGGUUCCCCAACGUGCACGACAUGCUGGAGCACUUCCGCGCGCACCCCAUCCCGCUGGAGUCGGGCGGCACGGCCGACGUCACGCUCACGCAGUACGUCGUGGCGCAGCCCGCGCCCGCGCCCGACCGCCAAAUGGUCACCCACGGCAGCGAUGUGCGCAUGCGCCGGGCAGAACUCGAAGCGCUGUUGGUCGCAAGCGGCGCACACCACGACAAUCGCGCUAUAGACAACCAAUACAGUUUCGUUUAGCGAACACGAUAUACUGGAGUCCAUUUUCACGCGGGGUUUUUGUGCUGUGUACUUGAUAUGUACGGCCAGGAAGGGAGAGUUCCUUGGGGAUGCAACUGUGCCCGUUUUAGGGGGCAAACUGAUAAUGAUGAUUUACCCCCGUAUCAUAAAAGUACUCUGCACGAUGAUAAGUUUUGAACUAGGGAGAGGAAUUGGAUAUUAACAUUUUUUUCCUUACCGAUUUUGUAGUGCAUUUUCACGAUUUAUCAUUUGCAUGUUUAAAAUUUAAACCAUUCUGGUUUACCCUAUUUUCCAAAUUUAAUAUUUGACAUUAUACAGGGUGUAAUGGUUAAGUGCAAAGGCUUUAGUUGACCUACUUUAAGAGGUAAUAAGAAGUUUACUGAUAAUGAAACUGCUUUAUAUAAAGUAAUGAAACUAUCUUUUAAUUGAAUAACAA